GCGAUCUUUUGAGACAAAAUGUUUGUCUUGUAUUUGAUUAAGUUAUACGCGUUGUUUGCUUUGAUCCAAAGCCAGGCAGUGGACGGAGAGGUGGAUGUGUGGCCUCACCCACAAUACGCCACUGCGAGCCCAGACUUUCUACAAAUAGACUCAACAAAGUUUGUCUUCACUGAUAAAUCUGUGGUCAAAUGCGAUCUUCUAAGUCAUGCCAUCACCAGAACUAAGGAAACGGCAUUCAUUCAGAGCUGUUCCAGAACUGGUGUCGACGGCUAUAAACCAUUUUAUCAAAACUUCCGAAAUCUUCAGCUCAACGCCAAUUUCAAAGGAGAAUUAAGUGGUAUUGAAAUCGAUGUGAAGUCUUGCGAAAAGUUACCGCAUUUGGAGAUGAAUGAGAAAUACAAUCUUGUGGUCGACGGAAGCGCCCGAACGGCUCGUCUCGAGUCCGACACCAUUUGGGGUGCGAUCAGAGGAUUGGAGACAUUCUCUCAAUUGGUCUCAAAUGUCGGA